AUGCGCCAAAGGCGACCCGUAAACAUUGCGGUGGAUGCGCCUAUGCGGCAAGAAUUGACCGGUACUGGGGUGUAUCCUCCAAUACCACCCAUUCGCAUGGAGCGGGCUGAAUAUCCUUCUGAAAUGGCUUCGUGGUCUUCGUUCUUGGGGGAUGACAGCAGCCUUGUGACCUACGCAGCCUGGGGCGUCGAUGGAGGCGUGCGUACGUACGAGAAGCGGUUUGAGGUUGCUGUGGCGCAGCCCUGA